GACCGUACUCGCCUGGUGGUGCCCAGCAUUGAUGGCAUCGACACUGAGGAUUUCAGCUACAGCGUCUUUGGCCUUGGCAUGGUCAGCUUUAACUGGCAGCUGAAUCAAAAGCCUCGAGAGCGUCCGGAGGGGGAGGACUCCUUGGCACCCUCCUCUGUGCUUUGCGGCGGGCUCUUUGCAGUGGACCGCUCCUGGUUCCUGCACCUGGGAGGAUACGACCCUGAGUUGCGCAUCUAUGGUGGCGAG